GAAGACGUUGCCAAUGCCCAAAGAUGCAACCAAGCUUCAUGCGAUGCGCGAACAGAAGCAGCGUGCACUGCAGGUGUCCAAACUUCAGGAAAGGUCCAAGCUGGUGUCUACGGGGCAGGCUGCCCCACAUGAAAUUGGCGGACUGGUCCGCCAG